AUGAAGGGUAUUUCAAAUCAAGUUGUCGAGGAGACUAAAUACUUGGACAAAAAAAUUGAGGAAUUAGCUGUCAUUUCUCAAUCGAAAAGUGAAAGAAAUGACAGCCUUGAAAAAAUAAGUAAUGAAGGAGAUUUAUUAGCAAAAUUUGACAUUCCGGAAGACUUGAAAGACAAUUUAACGGAAGAAGAUAUAGAAUUCCUAAAUAUUAAAGUUAUUCCUCAGCCAUGGUACAAAUGGUUCUCUCCUACGGAUACUGCUAAAGAAAAACGUUUAGUUCUCAAAUUAGAUUUAUUAAUUUUAGUAUACCUAUUUUUAUCGUCUUUUGUGAAAACCUUGGAUUCAAGCGCAGUGAGUUACGCAUAUGUGUCUGGAAUGAAAGAGGAUUUAGGUAUGUAUGGUAAUGAAUUGACAUAUCAAAGUUCAUGCUACAUGGCAGGUUUUAUUGUUGGCCAAAUUCCCUUGACCAUGCUAGCCACGAUAAUACCAGUGAAUUACUAUUUACCUGCUAUGGAUAUCGUUUGGGCUCUUUUUACAUUGUUCAUAUUCAAAAUUGAGAAUUAUCGUCAGUUGUAUGCUUUGAGAUUUUGUAUUGGAUUAUUGUCUUCGUUUUUCUUCCCCACCGUGCAAUUUAUUUUGGGUUCGUGGUAUAAGAAAUCCGAAAUUGUUAUUAGAUCUGCAAUAUACUUCGUUGCAUCUCAAGCGGGAAGUAUGGCCACAGGCUACAUUCAGACAGCUGCAUAUUCUCAUUUAAGUGGAAAGGCUGGCCUCAAAGGAUGGCAAUGGUUAUAUGUUCUAGCAUUCAUCAUCGCAGUUCCUAUUUCAGCCUACGGCUUUUUUACAAUUCCUGGACUCCCCGAGAAAAUAAACAGAAAGUCGUUAUUGACUGACGAUGAACUCAAAUUAGCAAGAUUAAGAAUGAUUAGAGAAGGAAGACGCACAAAUGAUAAGUUGACAAUCUCGGUCAUUCGUAAAACUUUAAAGGGAUGGAGAUUUUGGAUUUUGGUUGUGUUUGCAAUAUUUUUUUCCCAAGCAGACGGAAUUAGUUCAAAUAACGGAUUGCCUCUAUGGCUAAAGGCAAGUAAUUAUUCUGUCUCGAAGAUAAACACGAUAACUACGGUUAUUCCUGCAGUUACAAUUUUUUUCUCAUUAUUGAAUGGAAUUGUCGUUGAUUCAUGGGAGGACUCCCACCCUUUCGUUAUUUCUUAUGUUGCAGUGUUGAAUUUGAUAGCAGGAAUAUUAUUGGUUAUAUGGAAUAUCUCCAAAGGAGGGAUUAUGUUGGCAUUCUUUCUUUCAGGAACGGCCGAUAGCAUUGCUGCUGUUUUGUAUUCUUGGGCUAACCUAAUAUGUUCUGAAAACUCUCAAGAAAGGGCUUUAACUUUGAGCACUAUGAAUACAUUGGGAAAUACUUUUUCAGUUUGGGUUCCUUUGUUCGUUUGGAAGACCGUUGAUGCACCUGAAUACAAGAAAGGAUAUGGUUACAACAUUGCGUUAGAUGCAACGAUGUUGAUUUUAUUGGUACCAUUAACUUAUCUUUAUAAAAAGUCUCAGAAGAAGGAGAAACCAAAUGAAAAUGAGCUUUGA